AUGGAAACCCUGCCUACCAUGUAGUGGUCAACAUGGGAAACUGGAGCACUGUGACUGAAUUCACACUAAUUGCCUUCCCAGCUCUCCUGGACAUUCGAAUAUCUCUCUUCAUGCUUCUUGUGUUAACUUACACAUUAACAACAACAGGAAACAUCAUCAUCAUCUCCCUGAUACGAAUUGAUCAUCGUCUGCAAACUCCAAUGUACUUUUUCCUCAGUAACUUGUCCUUUCUGGAUAUCUUAUAUACUACCGUCAUUACCCCAAAGUUGUUAGCGUGCCUCCUAGGAGAAAAGAAAACCAUAUCUUUUGCUGGUUGUAUGACCCAGACAUAUUUCUACUUCUUUCUGGGAACAGUGGAGUUUAUCCUCUUGGCAGUGAUGUCCUUUGACCGCUAUGUGGCUAUCUGUGACCCACUGCGCUACACUGUCAUCAUGAACAGUAGGACCUGCUUCCUGUUGGUUCUGGGAUGCUGGGUGGGAGCCUUCCUGUCUGUGUUGGUUCCAGCCAUUGUGGUGACACGGCUACCUUACUGUAGGAAAGAAAUUAAUCAUUUUUUCUGUGACAUUGCCCCUCUUCUACAGGUGGCCUGUAUAAACACUCACCUCAUUGAGAAGAUAAACCUUCUCCUCUCUGCUCUUGUUAUCCUGAGCUCCCUGGCAUUCACCACUGGGUCCUAUGUGUGCAUAAUUUCCACCAUUCUGAGUAUCCCCUCCAACCAGGGCCGUCAGAAAGCUUUUUCUACCUGUGCUUCUCACAUCACUGUUGUCUCCAUUGCCUACGGGAGCAACAUCUUUGUGUAUGUGAGACCCAAUCAGAAAUCCUCGCUGGAUUAUGACAAGGUUGCUGCUGUUCUCAUCACAGUGGUGACCCCUCUCCUGAACCCUUUUAUCUACAGCUUGAGAAAUGAGAAGGUAAAGAAAGUGUUGAGCGAGACAGUGAACAGAAUCAUGACCUUGAUACUAAGGAAAACUUGAUACUGCUAUAUACUACAUAUGUCAUAUAGAUUUUUUUUUAUUAUUUAUUUUGUUAAGUUCCAGGGUACAUGU